CUUGUUCUCCGCUUCUCUCAGGCUCUGCACCAGAAUACGCUCCUUUUUCCGCACAAUAAUCCAGACUCUUCUGCAACAUUGUCCAUGUUCUACCAGCGCCAAGGUCUCCAGUGGGUCAAGAGAGGAUGUUCUUCGUGCCGAACGGGCGGACGGCGGACGUUGGAUGUGGCGACUUCACUCAUCAUUCACAAAAGUGUUCCAAAGGAUGGAGUGCACGGACGCACGCAAAUCCAAGGGUCUUACGUUUCAAUAUGUUUGUCUGGAACGCAUUCGAACAGCGCACAGCGCACGACGUAGAGGGGAGCCAGGACUGAGCCAGAGGCAAAGAGCAAGCAGCGUAAACAGGCAGGCAGAAGCUCCAAGAGGUGGCUGAAACACGCGUAAUGUGCUGAGGAUCCUUGUCACGCACAGACAGGAACUAUGGCCUUUGGGUGAGAAAUUGCUUAUUUCGGAUGGCAGGCCGUUUGCCGCUCUCCUUACUUUUGCUUUCACCAGCUCGUCAAUCGUCGCGCACUCAACAUUCGUCGACUUUACUUCUUCUUUCGCAUCUGUAUCUCACAAUCGUCGAUUACUGGAACGAACACUUCAGCAGCCCAUCAGUCCUAGGAUAGUGACGUUUAACGGGAGGCAAUCAAUCACUGCUCUACCAUCAACAUCGACGAAGCUAUUGCAGUCUAGAAUUUAUCAUUAUAAUCGCUUAUUCGGUUUCCUUCUACGCUAGAUUGAAAGCUUCCGCUUCACCCCUCACUACACAGCCACGGCAAAGGCGGAGGCGCUCGCCGAGGGACUCUUGAUUUCUACCGUGAAAGGAGGACCGAAUUCAGUGUGUCCAAAUUGCUGUGUGCAUCUUUCCUAUUGACAGCAAGCUGCUGUUGUGAGCUGGAGUAGAACACUUCUUUUCAUGCUUUGAUUCAACUGUCUACCAUCAUCAAUUCAUUCGACUUUUUGAAUCAUACCAAAGACACGGAAGCUGCGCCUUUGAUCCGCUCUGAGGAAUAGAGACAUUUACUAAAUCGUAGAUUGUGCAACUAAAGGUAGCAAUCCCUGUACAGGUCCAAUAAUCUCAUUAGGACACGUUCCUCUCGUAUUUUACGCUACGUGUCGCUCACGCAUAACUACGUAACGCAGGGCUUGUCAACAGCAUCGGUUACCGAAAGAGAGCCUUCUUAGUGUCUCUUUUCUCGUGUUGUAUACACCUUUCGUUCACGCACAGAUCUGGGUUGGAACGCCACUCAUUAAAGGGUGCUCCCUGGCUUCAUUCACCUUGCGUGUCACUCGCUGCCACCUCUUCUGUCAAUAUUUGAGUCUUUUGAGUAUAUAUCAGAGCAGAGUAACUUUUGGUUUUUUUUUUCUCGUACUUCUGUUCCCCUUUACUCUUUUCUGCGUCAUCUUCGGAUAUCCCGUCCUCGUCUAUUUUGGCUUUCGGAUCAAGAAGAUAGGAACUCAGAGCUCAUUGACGCUCUCUUCUCCGAUCAAUCAGCUUUCUCGUGCUUUUGACAUCGCUUUAACACCCUCGUUCCUCUACCAGACGAUCACCGCCUGUAGUCAUCAACUUGACUCGAUCCUCUCUUAUCGAUAUUACGCCGCUCUGUCCAUCUUUAGACAGGCCUGCCCUCUUCUGUUCCUUCAUUUUAUCCUUUCAUGUCGACUGUCCUUGACACGCAUUGCUUGAGCGCAACACCCUAUAGCCACCAAUAAUACGCUUCAGGAGUAUCACAAGGACGUAGUAGGAGCUUUUCCAAUGAGCAACCAAAAAGAACAUCAGUAUUGGGAGGUAACCGCUCCUGCCAUUGAAGCUCAGUCAUCUUCACAGACAGAACUGUCCCCUGUUGGGCCUCAGGGUGUGGACUACAGUCCCUCUCAAUCUUUACCACAAGUCCCUGACAGUACUCCGCCGCCCAGUGGCUCACAUACUAGUUCCGGCAUAUCCUCUACUUACAGCUCCAUGAUGCUCCCUCCUUUACGGAUGACCCAUGACCCUCGGAACCUUGUACCAUCACCAUUAUCCAGCGGCCAUCCUCAGAUGUACUCCUUGAGACCACCACCACCGAAUUCCAGUCCUAAUCAGAUACAAGCGGAGUUCUACUACUCUUACUCUAUGCCUUACCCGCCGCGGCCACCAGCAUACAGCGGUCACAUGCCUGCCCACUCUGGCUCUUCGUCAAACGGCCCACCAGAAAUCUUCACCCCUGUAUCGGCACACACUAAUAGCUAUAGAUUUAGCUACCCAGGACAAGGUACCAUCCAACCAUAUCUUUUCUCUCCUUGGCAAGGGCAGGAUCGUCAACUACCAGGUGCUCCGGGAUCAAAUUUUGGUACAUCUGAAAGGAAAGGCUCCCCGGAUAGCAGUACGACUACGGGAGAAAGAUGGGACCGACCCUCGCCCAAUCAAGUAGGGGCUGCGUCGCCACUGACAGAGCGGAGUACAAGUGUCGAUGAAAAGGAUUGUAAAGGAAUAAGUUAUACGGCUGAUGCGGAAGUUAAACAGACGCCACAAAUGAAGAGACAGUGUUUCAACUGCACGAACCGUAACCCCCCGAGCUGGCGAAAAUCUGUUCUCCACCCAGGAAAAAUCCUUUGUAACAAGUGUGGAAUCUUUGAGCGCACCCACCACCGGCCUCGCCCGCCUCAAAACGACGAUCAAAAGCUUCGCAAAGCUUCUACGUUGUCCAACUCCAUCCACCGGCGGGAAGCUCCUCCACCUUUGCAGAACGCUAGGACCGAGCAUAGCUCAGCAUCUCCGCGCAGCCCUUUCUCCGGCCCUCAGUCAACCCCUAUGUCUACAAGUCUCACUUACCCACCCAUGUACGGAUCUCCUGAUCCCCUUCAGGCCUCUGGUGGCUACUUCCGUCGUUCAGCAACUCACCAGCCCACCCUUGGAUCACCCGAGCGUUCACCCUUCAGUCACUCUAUGAUAUCUCCCAACCUAUCUUCUUCUGCUGAAGAUCCAAAUGCGAUGAGCGGCACUGCAAGCCGGCAUUAUGGUUAUCAACACAGUGUGAGCUCGCCCUAUGCGCACGCUUAUGCCAGCCGAAGAAGGUACGCGCCGACUGCGAGGGGGAUGGUGAGCAGUCCGAGUAUGACGCCUGGUGCUUUUAGCGGCGCGAUGGGGCCGGUGAUGACUCCUAUUAGCGGACAAAGUCAAUUAGGAUCACAGACUCCCGCUGCUGGUGAGGAGAGGCAGCCCCAGCAAGGACAGGAGGAUAAUGACUCUGCAUAAGGUCCCACAGUACUGCUCUUGAGCUAAAGCAGGUCACUACUGUAGUGAAGAGACUUGACGCUCGAGGCUUCCCCGCCAAAUGGCCAUUUCGCGCCAUGUUUCCACCAGUUUUUCCCGCCAGAUUAAUCAACCAUGCACAUACACGAGUAAACGGCAACAGAACUUUCUAUUCCUCCUUCCCGACUUAGAAAUAACAAACAUACACGGUCCCAGAGCAGACGACUAACCAUCGAAAUCGUCAACAUGUCUUCUUUUUCCCUAUUCACAUGUCUAUCGAUCCAUCUUUAUGCCAAAGCCGAUAUGGAAAACCCCAAAACAAAGUACCACAUAUAAAAAUUCUUGAGCUUCUUUUCUUCAGUGCCUCUUCUCAUUUUACUGUACUUUCGUUUCAUUCUUAUAUUUAUGCAUUUUUGAGGAAUCUGGUUAUGAUUCGAAGUUUGGCUUACUUUACCGUCUCAUUUAGUUAUGACAGUUGUACGGCCUGGAACGAUAGUAGAUUUUACAGUGAUUUUCCUUUCCAUACCUGAGACCUUUACUUUUCUCUCUCUAUUACCACGUGACUCUUUCCAUUGUUCAUUUAGUCUCCGUAACGCACAGUAUAGGCUAAUGAUCCAAUCUUUCAAUGCAUCCAGU